AUAAAUAUAUUGUUGUCACCGCUCGGUUGGAUUCCGAUGUGAGUUCUGCUUUGGUAAAAGUUUGGGUAAACACUUUGCAAAGAUUCUUGUCUUACAGUUUAAACGCGCACUCCAAACUUCAUGAUAUGUUAGGUCAAAGUUACGACCACCAUUUUGUCGUUGGGGAUUUCGAGGCUUCUGUCAACAUCACUUUCCCCCAAAUCUUGAUGCUCCGAUGUAAAAAUGUCGGAGGCGGAGACGGGCGAAUGUUUAAGGGACGUUUCGGUGAGUUUAGGCGAGUCUCAGCAGGUUUACUCGGGGCUGCUGACCCUCGCCACGGCGUGCGGAGGACUAUGUGGAAUAUUAGCUGCUGCCCUUUUCUACGUCUUCUGCCUGAAGUCUCUCAUUCUGACGCGACAAGGUCUCAAUGCCAGGAGGCUCCUGGAGCCCGAGGAUGGAGACGUGGAAAACAUGACCAGCCAUCGUGGCAGCAACAGCAGAAAGGAAACUGCCACGACGAAUGACAAAAGAAAGCAGGCGCCUGUAAGUAGUGACGUGGCAGCAUUUGCAUCCAAAGCAAAAGUGGUGUACCCCAUCAACCAAAAAUACAGACCAUUAGCAGACGGCGCCUCCAACCCUUCACUACAUGAGUGCUCCAAGUCAGCAACAACGCCAAAGGAGGACUCGCCCUCAUCCUCCACAGACGAAGAGUCCCUGAGCCAAGAACUGGACAAUGACGACAGCAGCCAGUUCAUCUCCUCCUCAUCGGUACCCAAGAGCCUACAGAACCAGAGCUUCGUCAGGGUGUCCCACUACCCCGACACUCUGACGCAAACAGGCUUCGAAGCUCGGAUUAACCUCCACUGUUUGGCCCUGCGAGAUGUGCAACAGCUUCACUCUCAACUUCAAGAGGAAAAAUAUAUUAUAUACCUUCAAAUGGUGAAAAAGAUAUUUUGCAGCCGUUUUCCAAAAGACAAAAAUGACGCAGAUUUCUCCAAGCAAAUUCUUCAAAUGCAGCAAAAGGAAGUGGAGGAGUUGAGGAAACAGCGGCCAUGCGGCCGUGCCCCAAGUGAUGACAAUGCCGACGCUCCUUGUACUUUGGAGGAAAUAGAGAGAGCGCAAAAAGAUUUUCUCGAACGCAACCUUCAAAUGUCCAAAGAUUUGACCAAGUGUGUAGAAGAGCUCUGUCAGCAUGUGAUGAAGAAGACCAGCAGCUUCACGGUGAACGAAGCCCGUGACGCUACUGCCUCUCUCAGCGAUGCUCUUCUGUCGCUGGAGAAUCAUCUCAUGAAAGUACAAGAGGGAGAACUCAAGCGGAUCCACCAGAAGUUGUCGUGGUGGGAGGAGCUUACGGGGCUCCUCCAAUCCCAGCCGGCCUUGCUACAACAGGAAGUGUUUCUGAGGCAGGGUUUGGCGGCGACAACAUUGGAGCAGAUGACCAGCGAGGACGUUUUGACCUUCAGUAGCAUGGAGGCAGUACUCUCAGAGGUGCAGCACGCACUUUCUGAGGGCCUUCAACAGUGCAGAGAGGAUUACGCGAGCAAAACAAAAGAGUUGGUGAGGGAAAAGUGCAGCAAAAUGGAGGCCAAGCGAAAGAAGCUUUGCAGAAACCAAGCCAAGGAGAGGAGUCACGCACUGGAGCUGAGACAGACUCAGGGUGACCCACAGCAGCUGUCAAAGGAGUACCAGGAGCUCCUGUUAAAACAAAGGCAGAAGCUCGGUGACUUGGAGCUGCAGCAGGACGAGCGAAUGGCUGACAACCUCUGUAACCUUUGGACUAAACUGCGCUGCAGCUGGUCAAAGAGGCUCAGCGAGAAAGCCAAGGACAUCUUUUGCACAUCUCUUCUUGCUCAGUCCCAAGGGUCUGCCGAGCACUGUCAGACGCUGUGGCUGGAUGUGGAGCAUCAGCUGGCUGCACAAAAGGAGCAGCUGGAGAGGACCACCAAAUCGCAACUGGAUCAAAUGCAGGCUCAGCUGGAUCAGGAGCGACAGGUAUGGACUGAAUCAAUGGCUCUCAUGCAUGCCAGCCUCAAACGUCUGAGUAACCAGCAGAUGAAGAUUCUACGGACCAUGGUGGUCAGACAGAGCUACACACUUAAAAGCCAAGUGGGGACGCUGCUGGAGAAAAAACACGAGCACCUGCUGGUGUCCGUGCAGCGCCACUUCAUAGCCAGACACUUCUGCCUGCAAGUGCUCAAAGAGAUGAGGCUGGCCAAGCUGAAGGUUCUCUCUCGGACUGACUUUGGAGCUCUGCUGACACAGGACCCUGCCACGGUCCAGUCCUGUGUCCACUCCACUCUCAAGAGCAGCAGUGUGAGCCUAGCAGAGAGGCAUCUGGGCCCUGAGAGCCAACUGGUGACCCACAGUUUCCAGCAAGAGUUUUUGUCAGAGCUAGAAACUGGGACCGAGCUUCUUCAGAACCAUGCACAGCUGCUGCUAGGCAACGCCCUGAGCCACGCCAUCCUAGAGCAGAUGGAAGGCCAGGCCUCAGACUCACAAAGCAGCUCCAGAAAGGGUGAUGGCUUGAAGCACCAUCUUAUGGAGGCUGCAUCUGAAAGUGUGUACAUGACCAGAGAUUCUCUUGCCGCUCUCGUCCAGAGCUACUAUUCUCGCAUGCAGGAUAUUGCCAAGAAACUGCAUACACAGCAGCCAAACAGAAACCUUGACUCGGCUGAGCAGAACUCCGGCAGCAGUCUGCUGAGAGAGCUGGAGAACUGGGCAAGGAAACCCACCUCUGCUAAGUUCCAACAGAGAGUGGAGCUCCACAAAAGGAAGGCGUUAGAGCAGUGUGAUCUGAAAGCGGAGAUGGUGUGUCAGGAACUGAGACGGAGAAAAGUAGCCCAGGAUCAAAGCUUAGAAUGGACCAAUGGACAGCUCCAGGAGGCAGAAAGAAGCUUCAUAAGUGAGCUGGCAGCCUUGGCUCGGGUUUCUCUCCACAGUCCAGACUCAGAACCAGAACCCAGCCAUGAAGACCACAUGACAGGGGAGGGGAAUACCUCGCUCAUGGACCUUCUUGCCAGGAACCCAGCCUUAGAUCCAGCCUUGAAUCCAUCGCUGACUCCAACAGUCGUCGCCCCGCUCAUCAAAACAGCAAGCAAGAAGGAAAAAGAGCGCAAGUCUCAUCUCAGUUGACACCAGAUUUACAGCAAUAGUUUUGUCACUUUUGUCGUACUGUAAAUGCUCCAAAGACCACCGAGUCUCCUACAGUCCACAGGCACGCGGUCUACAAAAGCCAUUAGCCAUCUCUCAAGGACUCUAAUCAACACCUAGUCCAAAAACAUUUUAUCAAGAUGGCGGUAGUUGCAUUUAAAGUAUCAUGAGUAGCCAACAAGUCCAAAUAAAUAACUGUUAGUACAGUAUUAUGUUGUACAUCAGACAAUAAUGCUGGCUCCUCACCACUAUUACAACAUUAGUUCUGCAAUACUUGUUAAUAAACACUGGCCUUACUAUUUCCUCGAAUGAUUUACUUUGUUUAUCAUUACAAUUACCAACAGUCUAACGUGGCACGGUACUCUUGUGGCCAUCUCUGACCAACAAGAGAUAAAAACACUGCUUGAAGGACGUCAAUCUCCAAUAGUGCCGGCAAAAACUGCACUGCACUUGAAAUGAGCUCGACAUCGUAUUGGAGAAAG